UGGAAAACAACACCAGUAAAAAGUACCCCCAACUCCCUCCAAAAACUUCCCUCCUUAUUCUCUCCCACUGUUUCUUGAUUUCUUCUUUAGUAAGCAGUACUUACAAAGACUUCCUAUCUUUCUAGCUAAAGCUUUAUGCCAUGGCUCUUCUGUACUCAAAAUCUGCUUCAUUUUUGGCUUGUAUCUUCUGCUUCACUACAAUUCUAUGCCUAAACCUGCUGCAAUUUGACAGUGCCUCGGCAGUCUUGUUAGUGGGUUUGAGGAAUCAGCACAGUCACCCUCACCAUAGAAGGCCAAUGCUCCAAGCCAACCAGAGGUCAUGCUCCUUGUUUGUGGGCUCCUGGGUUCGUGAUGAUACUUAUCCUUUUUAUCCAUCUUCUUGUCCCAUCAUCGACCCUGAAUUCAACUGUCAAGCGUAUGGCCGACCCGACUCUGAUUAUCUCAAAUUUCGUUGGAAACCAGCCAACUGUGAUCCUCCCAGGUUCAACGGGCUGGAAUUUCUGAUAAAAAUGAAAGGGAAGACUGUCAUGUUUGUGGGCGAUUCACUGGGACGCAACCAAUGGCAAUCUCUAAUUUGCAUGAUUUCAGCUGGGGUCCCAAGUUCCCCAACGCAGUAUCAGAGGGGUGACCCUCUGUCAACCUUCAAAUUCUCGGAAUAUGGUGUGUCCGUGUCGUUUUACAGAGCACCAUAUUUGGUGGACAUAGACACGGUGCAAGGCAAGAGAGUGCUGAGAUUGGAUGACAUAAGAGGAAAUGGUAAUGCGUGGAGGGGAGUGGAUGUGCUGUCAUUUAACACAGGUCACUGGUGGUCUCACAGAGGAGCUCUUCAAGGGUGGGACUAUAUGGAGUCAGGUGGAAGCUUGUAUCGAGACAUGGAUCGCUUGGAUGCAUUGGAGCAAGGUCUGAGAACGUGGGCCAGAUGGGUUGAUGCAAAUAUUGAUGCUAGUAGAACCAGGGUCUUCUUUCAGAGUAUCUCGCCUACGCAUUACAACCCCAGUGAGUGGAGCACAGGUUCAGCAACAGCAGCCAAGAGUUGUUAUGGUGAAACAUCCCCAAUGACAGGGACAACCUAUCCAGGAACCUACCCGGAUCAAAUGACUGUUAUAAAGACAGUGAUGAGCGACAUGAACUACCCUCCAUUUUUGCUUGAUAUUACUUUGCUCUCAGCAAUGAGGAAAGACGCUCACCCUUCCAUUUACAGUGGUGAUCUCACCCCUGAGGAGAAAGCCAAUCCUGACCAUUCUGCUGAUUGUAGCCAUUGGUGCCUGCCUGGCUUGCCUGAUACUUGGAAUCAACUAUUCUACACUGCCAUGUUCUUCUGAACUCAUUUUAGGCCUUUCUGUUCACCCUUUCCGUUCGGAUUUCAUUUUUUUGUCUUUUUCAGUUGUCCUUUCUCUGUAGGUGUUGAUGCAAUAUUAUACCCCAGGAAAGCUGAGGCUAAGAAAUCUCCUCUCCUCCUUGCAACAUACAGUGCAUUUAAUUAGGUGGUUGGACUGAAAGGAUAUGAACAUAUAUUUAAUGAUUCUGUAUAUUUAAAAACAAGUCUUACCUCUGCAGCAGAACGAAUGUAGAAAAGUGUGUUGAAUUUCAUAUGACUGGCAUGGUAGCCCAAUAUGAAUCUGGAUUAUCCUGGAUGCCGACUUCUUAGUGAUCAUUGCCUGCAUAAAGGAGGCAUUCAUCAUCGAGGAGCCCAUCAUCAACACCAAUCCAUCAACGUUUUAGCUUCGUGUGUGAUUGUACUCUUCACGUGGUUGAGCUGCUUUUAUAGAGGAUAUGGUGGAUGUUACCCAUCCUUGCAACAUUACUAUGUACCAUGAUGGCUUCGGCCUCCAUUUGGAAUAAAGAAAAGGCAGCAGUCCCUCAGGAUGGAUGAAAUGAUUGAAAGAGAGUUGCAAAGGUGAAUGAAACACCAAGAAACAUGAAUAUGACAUGCUCCUCCCAUUCGCUCCAAGAAUACUCUAUUUGCUUUUCCUUUUUGUUACAUGUACCUCUUCAUGGCUUUUCUGCACUGCCGUUUACUUUUCAGUUAAUUUGAAUGUGCACAGAGGAAGAAGCAAGAUUAGAUGCAGUUGAUAAAUCCAGCGCCGAAAGCCUCAUGAAAGUCAUUCCACAUUCUUUAAAUUCUUUCUACUCUGGC